AUGCGAUUUACCUCAGGCGUCAGCCGAGGAUUCCGGGAGUGCAGCGAGGGAGGCGGCUGGCGUGGAUGCUCCCUCAUAAAGAAAGAAGCUCUGUCAGAGGAGUUGUGUUCGUUCCUUUAUGUCCUGUGAGAGUCCUGAGGAGAUUUCUGCUGAGUUGACAGAGCCAAAUGUAUCGUAGAGAGAAAACGUAUCCUGUCGGUUAAAAGCGAUUCUGAUAACGAUGAAGAUGAUUCGGAGUAACUUUGUGCUGGAUAUCCACCACUGAUGAUAACAGGGGGCUUCGAUCAGCACCUUCUCCUGCACCGUAUCAACACUGACCAUCAAAAAGCUGCAGAGAAAUAAACCUCUCACUUGUGAUUCCUUUUUAAAAUCCCCCUGAAGUGUCCCACAGACUGCGAUGGAGGAGAGCAAACGAGGAGACGGGUCAGGGUCGGGUCGCAGCUCUGGAGGAAGAGGAGGAGAAGAAGAGGAGGAGGAAGGGGCGUUGGGGAGCCGCCGCUGUGGAAAGGCACACCAGAGGAGAAGGGGCGGUGGAUAAGGAGGAGGAGGAUGAUGAUGAUGGUGGUGAUAAAACCAGCUGA